AAAUGUUAAUUUAUCGAUGUUAAUUUGUCUACUAGAAUAAUCUGUUUAUGGGAGUGUUGGGUUAUCAUCAUUUGGCUAUUAGAUAAGCUUGUUGAGAGAUUGAGUAUUAAUCAAUCAAAAAUUCAUGCGCACACUUGUUAUUAACAAUUGUUCAUACGUUUAACAAUAAAUCAGUGAUCUGGUUUGAACAAAUAAAGAAAUAAUAAAUUUAAGCAAAAUUUAAAAAAUAAUAAUAAUAAUAAUAAUAAUAAAAAGAAAACAAAUCAAAUCAAAUAUAUUCGUAAAAUUGUCGCGAAUUUCGUUAGUAAACACCGGGUAUACAUCUAUUCUUAACAAGUCUUUGGUACUACAUAUGUAAUACAUAAGAUAGGUAUGAUCUUUUAGUAGUUCUCGUAUCUACCUACCUACCUGUCAAAUUAAAAUGUAAAUGAGAGAUAUUGCUUGUGCGAAGUGUAAAGAACUUUUAAUCGUACGGUAAUGCAAUCGAUGCAAUUUAUCCGAUUAACUCGGAAUAUUAAGGAAAGAUAGAAAGAAACCUUACGAGUGAUCAAGAGAGUUCGUUCUAGUAUCUAACCAGUUAAAUACCAGUUAUGGCUCUCCGUAAAGUAAAAGGAAACUUCGAACGAAUGUUCGACAAAAAUUUGACGGAUUUAGUACGUGGCAUUAGAAAUAAUAAAGAGAAUGAGGCAAAAUAUAUUGCACAAUGUAUAGAAGAAAUAAAACAAGAAUUACGCCAGGAUAAUAUUGCGGUAAAGGCAAAUGCAGUUGCUAAGUUAACAUAUUUGCAAAUGUUAGGCUACGAUAUUAGUUGGGCUGGAUUUAAUAUAAUUGAGGUCAUGUCAUCUGCUAAAUUCACCUAUAAACGCAUUGGAUAUUUAGCAGGUAGUCAAAGCUUUCACGCAGAUACAGAGCUUUUAAUGUUGACUACAAACAUGAUACGCAAAGACUUAAAUAGUCAAAAUCAAUACGACGCUGGAUUGGCUCUUAGUGGUUUAUCUUGCUUUAUAAGUCCAGAUCUGGCACGUGAUUUAGUUAAUGAUAUAAUGACUCUAUUAACAUCUACAAAGCCAUAUUUACGGAAGAAAGCAGUUUUAAUGAUGUACAAGGUGUUCUUGCGAUUUCCAGAAGCUUUAAGGCCUGCUUUUCCUAGAUUGAAAGAAAAACUUGAAGAUCCUGACAGUGGUGUACAGUCUGCAGCAGUCAAUGUAGUUUGCGAAUUAGCAAGGAAGAAUCCAAAAAAUUAUUUAAGCUUGGCACCUGUAUUUUUCAAAUUAAUGACAACGUCGACUAAUAACUGGAUGCUAAUUAAAAUAAUCAAAUUGUUCUCCACUAUAACACUGAUUGAGCCGAAAAUGGGUCGGCGACUUACUCAACCACUAAUUGACCUGAUUUCAAGUACAUCUGCUAUGUCUUUGCUGUAUGAGUGCAUUAACACCGUAAUAGCUGUAUUGAUUUCUAUAUCGUCUGGAAUGCCAAAUCAUUCAGAUUCAAUACAGCUCUGCGUGCAGAAAUUAAGAAUAUUAAUAGAAGAUUCUGAUCAAAAUUUAAAAUAUUUGGGCUUGUUAGCAAUGUCAAAAAUAUUAAGGACACAUCCUAAAAGUGUACAAGCUCAUAAAGAUCUUAUUAUGCAAUGUCUUGAUGAUAAAGAUGAAAGUAUAAGAUUGCGUGCCUUGGAUUUAUUGUAUGGAAUGGUAUCUAAAAAGAAUUUAAUGGAAAUAGUUAAAAAAUUAAUGGUGCACAUGGACAAAGCUGAAGGCACUACAUACAGAGAUGAAUUACUUUCAAAGAUCAUACAAAUUUGUUCUCAAAAUAAUUAUCAAUUUAUAACAUAUUUUGAAUGGUACAUAUCUGUAUUGGUGGAACUCACACGAAUGGAAGGUACCAAGCAUGGACCAUUAGUAGCAACUCAAUUACUUGAUGUAGCGAUCCGGGUACAAGCUAUACGUAAAUAUGCAGUUCAACAAUGUGCCUUACUACUUGAAAAUUCCUAUCUUUUGACUGGUCAACCACGAGCUACUAUGUCUGAGGUUUUAUAUGCAGCUGCUUGGAUAUGUGGAGAGUUUUCUAGCGAACUAGAAGAUCCUUUAGCAACUUUACAAUCAAUGUUGCGAUCACAAGCAUCUAGUUUGCCAGGACAUAUUCAAGCAGUUUAUGUGCAUAAUAUCUUAAAACUUGCUACGGCAAUAUUAUCUAAAGCUGAGAAAGAAGGUGACAGCGAAACGAUGGAACAAAUUUUUGCGUUGAAAGAUAAAAUAGCAGCAUUUGUAUGUAGCGGUGAUUUGGAGGUUCAAGAAAGAUCUAGUUCUGCAUUAGUUUUAUUUGAAUGCUUGAAAGAAAAUCCUGGCAUGGCUGAAGAAUUAAUGGAAGCGUUUGAAGGUGAACUUAAUCCUGUUGCUCCUAAAGCUCAAAGAAAGGUACCUAUCCCUGAUGAUUUAGAUUUAGAUUCAUGGAUCAAUGAUCCACCAUCAGAGAGCUCUGAUUCUGAAGAUAUGGAUAUGAAUGAGAUAUUUGUUAAAUCAGAAAAAUCUAAUAAUUCCUUUAUGAAACGAGAAACGAAUGAACCUACGGUAGAAGAACUUCAGAAAAGGAGAGAGGCCAGAAAAUUGGAACAACAAAAUAAUCCUCAUUAUUUGAAAGGAUCAUUUAAAAAUUCCGCUUCUUAUCAUAAUUCAACGUCUCUUUACGAAGACUUUGAAAACAUUCCAGUUGCUGAAUUAGACAUACCGGUAUCAUUAAAAAUAUCGAAUUAUUCUGAUACCAGUAAAUAUCACAAUAUAAAUGUGGAUAAUAAUCACAAAAGACAUAAAAAACAUGGCAAGAAAAAGAAAUCGAAAAAAAAUAAACAAUCUGCAUCGGAAGAUGAACGUGAAGAAGAUUAUCCUAUGCAAGUUGUAAAUACAGGUAUUGGUGAACUUCCACCAGGAGCAGAAAUAAGUGAUAGCGAUGAUUAUGAUAUGAUCGAUGCAAAUGAUCCUCAUCGAGCUUUAAAUAUCGAUUUAGACAUGCCUUUAAGAGAGGAUGAAAGAUUACCGGUUUUGGAACAUAGAGUGGUAGAGAAUAGUCCAAAUCAGAAAGUCAAAGAAGCGAAGACAAUAAAGAAAGAUAAGGGUCAUAGAAAAACUAAAAGAAAGAGUAAAUGUGUUCAAGAAAAAGAGGCUGAUAAUCAAAUAAAUAUGACUGAUAUGUGGUUAGAAGAUAAUAUCGAAGAACCAGGCUCUUCCUCUAUUCAAGAAGAUUACACUGAAGUGAAUAGUAAAGAAAAUGUAGAUAUACGAAAGGAUAGUAAGCGAAAAAAAUCUAAGAGCCAGGAUAAACAUAAAAAAGUUAAGGACGACGAUAUAAAACAUAAAAAAUCGAAAAAAUCCAAAAGUAAGAAAGAAAAGAAAUCAUCAGAUUAUGAAGAAACAGCUGGUAUAUCUACACCCUCCAAAGAAAUAUUGCCAGAAUUAAGGAAUGAUUUAGUUAUUACUGAAAAUAGUUUAAAUUCCAUUCAACCAUUGAUCGCUUAUGAAAAAUUAUCUAAGAAUAAAACUAUUUCUAUGAUGUAUGAAUUAAAGCAAAUUGCUGAUGACACUAGUAAAAUAAUUGUAUCAAUACUCAUUACUAAUAUAGGGCAAAAGCUUGUUAAAGAAAUAAGGUUCGAUAUUACGGAUACGUCAACAUUGAAAUUAAUGAAAAAUGAUGAUGAAGAAUAUGGAAUGAAACUGCCAUUCCAACUACCUCCACAAUCAAGUAAAGAGACUCAAUUUACAAUAUUAAUAUCCGACGUAACGUUUGCUCAAAAAUUAAGAGGUACAUUAACGUAUAUGUUGGAAAAUGUGGAUGGGACAAUACAAGAAAAACUUGAUUUCACUAUAAAUUUGUCGUGCAGUAAAUUUAUGGUUGGACAUUUGUCCCACAAGGAUAUACUAACGGAGCUACUUAAAAGCGGUCAACUAGUUUCUAGAAUUAGAAAAGAAAUUCUUUUGUCUCAGGAAUUUAAUGCAGUUUUGAAUACUGUCUGUUGCAAGUGCAAUCUAACUCUCGUGGAACAAAUAAAUGAUACUGCAUCUUUGUAUGGUCAUUCAUUGAAGGGACAUCAUGUGUGCCUUUUAUUAAAAUAUAAUAAAUCGACAGGUAAUUUGUUGAUCGAAGGUAAAGGUGACAAUAAUUCUCUCCUGUCAGGAAUUGCGGAUGAGAUAACAAGGCUUUUGACAUAAGAAAAAGUGUACCUAUGUUUUAAAACAAAGA